UAUUAUUUCAUUUCAUUUAGCCAGAUCACCAAUAGGAAUGUUGCUGUUAAGCAGUACUCUGGUCUACAACAGUCGAGGGACCAUCGACAAUCAAGCCGUGGAGAAUCUCCAAUAUGUGAGUGAGCUGACAGAGCGGAUCAAGGUGAAUUCUUCCAGUGCAGCUUCAUCCUCUCAUGAUGACGAGGAAGGAGGGGACGCCCAGUUUGUGCAGUUCUUUCCGAAUUUUGUGUGGGCCAUCAGAGAUUUCACUCUACUACUCGAGAUCGACGGUAGAAACGUCACCGAAGAUGAGUAUCUGGAGCAUUCCCUGGAACUCAGAAAAGGUGGGGGUAAAAAGAACCUGAUGUACAACCUCCCACGACAGUGCAUCCGGAACUACUUCCCCUCGCGCAAGUGCUUUGUAUUCCCCACCCCUACAACUCCUGCCAACAUGCCCCAUCUGAAUUCCAUGGACGAGGCUGACCUCUGUGGAACCUUCCGAAAGGUUGCAGAUACUUUCUGCCGCUUCAUUUUCCAGGAGAGCCGUACAAAAACUGUCAAAGGGGGCCACAAAGUUACCGGGAGAAUGCUCGGCCACUUGGUUAACACCUAUGUGGAGACCAUAGCCAAAGGCUCUGUGCCCUGUCUGGAGAAUGCAGUGCUGGCCAUGGCUCAAAUUGAGAACCAGGCUGCUGUGGAUGAGGGCCAGGUAGUAUACCAGAGGGGCAUGGAGGAGGUGAAGGCCUUAUUCCCUGUGGCCAUGGGUCAGAUUUCAGCUCAUCACCUCCGCUCAGACCACCAGGCCACGCAGGCUUUCAUGAAACGAUCCUUCAAAGACGAAAAUGGGGAUUUCUUGAAAGCGUUGGCGGUGGCCAUUGCAAAGCACUACGCUGACCUUCUCAACCAGAACGAGGAUGCCUCAGAGAAGAAGUGUGCGUCCCUUCUGGAGAAGCUGUCUGCUCCGAUGGCCCAGAAGAUUAAGGAGGGGAUCUACGCUACACCUGGGGGAUAUGAGCUUUACUGCAUUCACCAUGACAACAUGGUGGCACAAUACUGGGCCGAGCCUGAUAAAGGAGUUAGGGCUGAGGAGAUUCUUGAGCAGUUCCUGAGGGAGAAGAAGGAGAAGGAGAGAUCAGCUGUGUUGGAGCAGGAGAAGAAGGCUGCUGAAGAGAAACGGUUGGAGAUGGAGCGCACCAUGGAGAACGCCGCAGCCCGUCUGGAGAACGAUCGCAGAAGCAAAGACGAGAAGUUGAAGCAGAUGGAAGAGAAGAUGAAGGAGGAGAUGAAGCAAGAGGAACGGGACUUCCACAGGGCCUUGGAGUGCAAGAUGCAGAAGCAGAAGGAUCUGCUGGAGAAGGGCCACAAGGAGAAGGCUGACUUAAUGAGACAGGAGAUAGAGGAGUUCAAGAAGAGCAACAAACCUGUGAAGGAAGGAGGUGGUUUCCUUGAGUCUACAGUUAUGCCUGUUCUUCGAUUUGGAUUGGACACUGCCAACACUUUCUUUCAAUAUAAGCUCAUGAGGGGAGGUUUUAUGAAGUAG